UUUCUCCAGUUACGACUCAGCGAUGGACACCAGCAAGACGAUAACUGUUGCUGCGCUUGGACGGCCUUUUAAUGUUGGCAUGCUGUAUGACUGCCGCAAUGACUCACUCGUUCCUGGCUUAACAUUGUGGGACCGUGAUGAUCUGUUAAAAGAUAUAGGAGAAAGACGUCAGUUCUACAAUGACUUUGCGAUAAUAGCAUCUGAUUCAGCUGAGGACAAAUCUUCAGCUCUUAAUGUCGAUGCUUCCUUGAAGGCAAGUUUCAUGUCUGGAAUGGUAGAGGUGGAAGGAUCUGCCAAAUACCUGAAGAAUCAAAAGACAUCUAAAAAUAAAGCCAGAGUAGCACUGAUGUAUGAAGUUACCACAAAGUUCCAGGAACUGUCGAUGAAUCAUCUUGGAAGAGGCAAUGUGAAGCAUCCAGAUGUGUUUGAGAAAGGAGUAGCAACACAUGUGGUCACAGCUGUCCUUUAUGGUGCACAGGCCAUCUUUGUCUUUGAGCGUGAUGUAUCUAAAGAUGAGGAUCAUCAAGACAUUCAAGGAAAGUUGAAGUUGACAAUCAAGAAGAUUCCCAAACUUUCGAUAGAAGGUGAAGGGAACCUACAAAUGGAAGACCAUGAGACUAAAAGUACAGAGGAAUUCUCCUGCAAAUACCAUGGAGACUUUUUCCUUGAUACAAAUCCUUCAACUUUUCAGGAUGCAAUACAAAUCUAUCAAAGCCUGCCACAACGUCUGGGUGCAAAUAGAGAAAACGUUGUUCCACUGAAGGUCUGGCUGUUGCCACUGACAUGCUUUGAUUCAAGUGCUGCUCAACUAGUACGUCAGAUAAGUGCACCAUUAGUACGCAGAGCGCAGACCAUCUUAGAGGACCUGUCUGAGUUGGAAAUGAGGUGUAAUGAUGCACUACAAAACAAGAUUGCACAGCACUUCCCAGAGGUUGGCAAAAAUCUUAAAACAUUUAAAGAACUUUGCUUUGAUUUCAAGCUGGAAUUCCAACGAGACCUGGCAAAGAAACUUCCAUCAAUCCGGGGAGGAGGGGAAGAGGAGGAUGCACUCUAUGAGACCCUGAAAAAAUCUCAGUCUUCUCUCUUCAAAAACACACACCUGAGCAAGUGGAUGGAUUGUAAAGAGAAAGAAAUCUACAACUUCAUGUCUUUCUCGAACAUAAUGAAAAACACCAAGAUCGUCCCAUCUGAAAAUGACCUGUACAAGGAAAUUGUUGGUGUAGAACACGCUGUGUGUUUCGUCUUCCCCUUGUUGGACAGAGCUGAAUCAUUCCUGUCAGCUUUAGAAUCUACUCAAUGUCCACAAACUGAACCCGCAGGGAGGGAGAAGGACUGGUUCUUUUCAAGAGAUGUACCUAAGGCAGUGAUGAGUAAAGCAAAGCUCUUCAGUGAUUUUGCUGAGGCCAACAAGGAGGACAAAAACAUGAAGUUCCUGACAGUGGCAUUACCAAAUGAGGACAAGGAAGAUACACACAUCUACCUUUAUAAAGAAGGUUUUCCUGUCACUGAGGACUUUGAGCCAACGUCAAAACCUGAGAAAGUAGAAAAAGGUUGCGUGACUCAUAACAGUGUGACACUGAACAUUUGUUCACCCGAGUAUGGAGUAAAGAACAUCACCUCGUACCGGGUUGAGUACUGUGUUAGUGGAGAGGAUGAAUGGCAACAAACACCAGCAUCAACAGCUGGAGAACACUCAAAAACAGCAGAAGUUAAAGUGAGCGGUCUGAAGCCUGCCAGAAAGUAUAUGUUCAGAUGCAGAGCCGUGACCUCAGCAGGUGUUGGGCCAGCCACAGAAGUCUCGAUAUGUACAUCCUGUUCCCGGUAA